GAAACUGAUUUUACUUUUAUUAAUCUGGAUUUGUUCAGUGUGCACCUUCAUUGGUCAACGCCUGCUGAGCACGAAGGAAAAAAAAAACAAAUAAAGAAAACCAUAGCAGUUCCGCCAUUAUCAUCAACAAGGCCUCCAUCGUUGAGUUCUUUUCCCCCACCUCUGAUGGGAUCCUUAUUCUUUCUUAUCGGUCUCCUUAAUUUCUAUCCCUUUUCCGUCUCCGGGGUUUCUUUCACGGAAUUUAUCUCCCCAAACUUCACUGCUUCACACUUUCAAUUUAUCAACGACAAUGGCGCCUUCUUGUUCUCUCGUAAUGGAACAUUCAAAGCUUCCAUCUACAAUCCCAAAGCUCAGGAAACCGACUUUUAUUUAUGCAUCAUACACGUUGAAUCCAACACCAUCAUCUGGUCAGCCAAUCGUGAUUCUCCCAUCUCCAGCUCUGGCGAAAUGGGUCUUACAAUCCAAGGAAUUAGCAUUGUUAACUCAGAUGGUCAUCUCAAAUGGUCAACUCCACGGUUAAAAGCAACGGUUCACGCGUUGGUGUUGACUGAGAUGGGCAAUCUCGUUUUGCUCGAUCAAUUCAAUGCUUCUCUUUGGGAAAGCUUCCGUUAUCCGACGGAUACAAUUGUGUUCGGACAACGGCUUUCGGUCGGGGCGAAUCUGUCGAGUGCUGUCUCGGAAAGUAACUUGUCGACCGGUGAUUACAGGUUCACGGUUACAGCUUCUGAUGCAAUAUUGCAAUGGUAUAAACAGGCGUUUUGGAAACUGUCCAUGGAUACCAAGGCCUAUGUGGACUCAAGCUAUGAUGUCGAGUACAUGGCAAUAAACAAAACAGGCCUAUAUCUCCUUGGUCGUAAUGGAUCGGCUGUUGUCAUUCGGGUUAACUUGUCGACGACCAACUUCCGGAUUGCCAAGCUGGGUUCUUCAGGUCAGUUCUCUGUAAGUAGUUUCUCUAGUGGCAAAUGGGUUCAGGAAUUUGUUGGCCCUAUUGAUAAUUGUCAAAUUCCAACAAACUGUGGCAAAAUGGGAUUAUGCACUCGUGAAUCAACCUCAAAUUCCCCCACUUGUUCAUGCCCCUCUGGUUUUCGUUCAGCUUCACAAAAUAUUGGUGGGUGUCUGCCAAAUGAUCGUUCUUACUCUCUACCCACUGCUUGUGAUUCAACCAAAAAUGUCAGCGUUAGCGAGUCAAAUUCUUCGGAUGUUUCCUAUAUCAAACUAGGCUCUGGUAUGCAGUAUUUUUCUCUUGUUUUCUCUCAGCCUGAUAUAUACGGUGUAAAUUUCUCAGUUUGUCAAGAUGUAUGCACGGGGAACUGUGCUUGCUUGGGAGUUUUCCACGAAAAUUCUUCUGGUUCUUGCUACGUGCUUGAAAAUGAAUUAGGGUCCAUUAUAUUAAGCGAUACCGGUGCAAAUGAUCUUCAAGGGUAUGUUAAAGUACUUGUUGGACCUACUUCGACUGAUCCCGAUGGCGACAAUGGUAUUAGCAACCAAAGGAAAAAGUUCCCAACAGCUGCCGCUGUGCUCUUACCUUUUACCGGCGUUUUCCUAUUAGCUGCUCUAGUUUUUUUCUGGUCGAAAAGAUGGAAAUUCAACAAAACUGAAGAGUUAAAAUUAGGCCACCAAAACUCAGUCUCGUCGGACGAUCUCGAUGGGUUUUACAUUCCAGGCUUGCCCCAAAAGUUCAAUUACGAAGAAAUUGAAUUGGCCACUCAUAAUUUCAAGACCCAAAUCGGAUCAGGUGGCUUUGGUGCAGUAUACAAAGGCACGCUCCCUGACAAAACUGUUGUUGCAGUGAAGAAGAUAACAAAUCCAGGCACGCAAGGGAAAAAAGAAUUCUGCACUGAAAUUGCAGUCAUUGGAAACAUUCACCACGUCAAUUUGGUUAAACUGAGAGGUUUUUGUGCCCAUGGGAGACAAAGGUUUUUGGUUUAUGAGUAUAUGAACAGAGGUUCCCUCGAUCGAUCCCUUUUCGGCAUUGGUCCAGCCUUGGAAUGGCAAGAGAGGUUCGAUAUAGCACUUGGGACUGCUCGUGGGCUCGCAUACUUGCACGGCGGCUGCGAACAUAAGAUCAUUCAUUGUGAUGUUAAACCAGAAAACAUUCUCUUACACGAUCAUUUCCAGGCAAAGAUCUCCGAUUUCGGGCUCUCAAAGCUUCUAACACCUGAACAAUCAAGUCUCUUCACAACAAUGAGAGGCACUCGAGGUUAUCUAGCGCCGGAAUGGCUUACAAACUCCGCCAUUUCCGAAAAAACCGACGUUUACAGUUUCGGGAUGGUACUGCUUGAAUUGGUGAGCGGCAGGAAAAACUGCUCGUUAAAAUCAAUCAGGCAUACAUUCAAUGAAACCAACAGUGGCGGAGCCAACAACUCCUCAACGUCAUCGGUAGCGGGAUUGGUUUAUUUCCCAUUAUUCGCACUCGAGAUGCAUGAACAGGGCAGAUACUUGGAGCUGGCAGAUCCGAGACUCGAGGAGCGAGUAAACAAUAACGAAGUGGAGAAACUAGUGCGGAUCGCUUUAUGUUGCGUUCACGAGGAGCCUGCACUUCGGCCAAGCAUGGCUGCUGUUGUUGGGAUGUUGGAAGGUGGGCUUCCUUUAGGUCAGCCUAGAGUGGAAUCCUUGAACUUUUUGCGCUAUUAUGGCCGCACAUUUACAGAGGCUUCCAUGGCAGAAGGGGAUAAUAGGCAAAGCGAUGCUCAUUUCGUGUUUUUUCAACAAGAUAAUGCUACUCGUAGUAGUAAAAAUACAAGUGGUUCAAAUACAUGCCUUUCGUAUAUCUCUUCACAACAAAUCUCAGGCCCCAGAUAAUGUAAAUGGUGGUGGAACUUGGUCACUAUUCUAUUAAGAAUUGGCAAUGUUUGUGUAUAUUUUCCUGUAGAGGAAAAAAAAAUCUAAAUGUGGGGGUUGGCUGUAUUUUAUUCAGCUUUUUGUACAAAUAUUUCCUUGAGAACUAUUAGAAUCACAGUUAAUAUUAUUAGAUGUUCACUUUGCCUAUUUGAUGAAAUUUAUGUUGUUAUUUUGUCUAUUA